AUGCCUUCGACAAUUGUAAAACCAAAUCCACGAAAUGAUAAGACAAUGUUUACAAUAUUUCAAAAUGUUCAAUAUAAUAUUGUUCAUCACAGGAAGUAUGUGAAAGAAAUGACGAAACUUUAUAGAAAGACUAAAGCGGAUGACUUUAACGAAAGUUUUAAGAAUGCAUUAUUUUACCUCUUUACUUUUGGGGACACAAGUUCAAAUGUAGACCGUGUUAUUCAGUAUGUAGCAACAUUCUGUACAUCACUUGAUGAUGAGGAGGAGUUUCUUAUGUUUAUAUUUGAUAUUAUUUUCGAAUGUCAGUGUGUAUCGAGUCAGUCAGUAAGAUACCGAGCAACCCAGUUGCUGGCAGCCGUUCUAGGUGCACUUGGUGAGGAUGCAUAUUUGGAUGAAGACCUUUGUGACAAGCUCUUAAACUAUCAGUUGCAACGUCUCCAAGAUCCUCGUGGUGCUGUCAGAUGUAGGGCAGCAUUAGCCCUAAGUAGGUUGCAAAACCCAAGUGACCCAGAUGAUGAAGUAACCAGAGGUUACCGAUUCCACAUGAGCUGUGAUCCUAACUCCUCCGUUAGAAGGGCUGUAGUGAUGUCAAUAGCAAAAUGCACCCGGAAUAUCCCUUUUUUAUUGGAGCGCCUUUGUGAUGUUGAUGAAGCUGUAAGAAGAGCUGCAUUUCUAGUCAUAGCGGCUAUGAAUGUUACACAAUUAAGAGUUCGACAGAGAAUUCUUACAUUGAAGGUUGGUCUCACUGAACGCAGCCCGAGAGUGCGUCGUGUGGUAGAAGAGAUAUUAAUACCCACCUGGUUGAGUUCAUUCAAAGGCAACAUUAUAGACUUUCUAAAAGCAUUGCGUCUGGAUAAUUCAGACGACGAGAAAGAUUCGCAAUAUAUUGUAGAGAAGCUCUUGCAGUCACUUUUAAAACGUCUACCGAAAUCAGAGCUACUAGAAUGGCUGCCAAUUGACAAGUCACUCCGAGUUAUACCGGCUGACAAGUUGAACAAGGAAAUAGUCUGGUACUGGCGCCAACUUGCGGAGCAUUUCCAGAACAUCGAUGAUGAAGAGUCCCUCGAAACAAUUCUGCCUGAUCUAGUUGUACUAACUGGAUAUAUUAAAGCUAUAGUGGAGUCUCCUUGUCCCAAUAAGAAGGAUGACCCGGUGUCGUACAGCACUCGUCAGUUUGUACUAUAUGAAUUGGCGAAAAUGCUCCGGACUUACGACACUAGCGACCCUGCUAGCAGAGAUGCUCUACAGUCAUUGAUCACUGAUACCCUUACAGGCAAUCAUUUCAUAUGUAACUACGAUCCUCUGAGCGAGGACGUGAUCCGGGCGUUUGUAUCAGCCCUGGAAUUGGUGUUGCCAGAUGUUACGAGUCGAGUGGAACUUGUACGCAAUGUUCUGUCAACACUAAGGGAACCACCGGAAGUGGAGGAGGAAGUACCUCCGCCGACCUUGGACGAUAUAGAAGCAAAAUUACAGAGAGCCAAAUUGCGUGUCUCCUUAAAUGUGGCAAUCGAAGCUCAAGAUGAAGCUGUUAGACUUGAAAAUUAUACUCUUGCUGCUGAAUGCAAGGCUAAGGUUGCCGACAUCCAAAAAAAAUUGGAGGAAUUAACAGUUCAAACAAAACCAAUAGAGCCAUUAAAUACAAUCAAGGAAAAGAAAUGUGAUGUGACAACAUUAAAUAAGUGUCUAAUUAUACUAAAUGCAUUAUUGGACACACCACAACUGAAAAAUUUAACACCAAUGUUAAAACAAAUGUUCAGUGAGCUAGAAGUUGAAAUAUUUUCAAAGUACGAGCUAUUGACCAACGCUCUUGAAACGGUUGCACUAUUCAGCAUGUUGGAUGAAGAAUUUGCAAUAAAACAUAAAUCAUUUUUCUUUGCUAAUUUAGGUGAUUCAGCAAAGGAAUCAACAGUGUGUAAAGUGCUUAAGUGUUUAUUUGACCUGUUGUGUGUACACGGAGCUUAUGUGUUUGGAGAUAAUACUGAAACCAUCGAGACUUCCACCAACAGAUCUAAUGAUUCCAUAAAUCCUGAUGAAUCUGCAUUGGUAUCAUCUCAAGCAAACAGCAACAUUAUUGUUUUACUUACUAAGUUGAUAGAUAGCGCCUACCCAUCAUAUAGACUGAUAACAGUAGAGGGUCUAUGCCGUCUGAUGUAUUUAGAAUAUUUAGACUCUCCUUAUGUACUUAGCAAGUUAAUAUUACUCUGGUUUAAUCCAGUUUCAGAGGAAGAAGAUGUAUUACGACAGACUAUAGGCAUUUUCUUCCAGACGUUUCCUAGUGCUGUCGAAAAUGCCCAAUACCAAAUACAAAAAGCUAUGAUACCAACACUACGUGCUCUGUGUCGUGCGCCCGCUAGUUCUCCGAUUUCUGAGAUCGACCAGGAGGCAGUAGUGAAGUUUUUUGUUUCACUCUCAAAAGUCAGCUCAGAGUUGUCAGACAGCCAGGGUGCUAUGGCGAUGACACUAUGCGAGUAUCUCGUACGUAAACCGAGGAGUUAUGCUUGUAGUCUUAUUUGUCGAGCACUAUCACUUCUAUCGCCGCCCAAAGACGCUCGCGCUGCUGCUGAUAUGGCCGUUAUGAUCAAGGAUCUCUGUCUGAAAUUACACGAUAGGCCAUCCUGUAGGAAUCUGACGCGUUAUCUCGGUGCCCUGGAGGCGUUGGAGAAGAGUCAUAUCAAUAAAAUAACGAAUAUAGCUCAACCUUUAGCUCGUAGUACCCACGUGGUUAUUAACGAGACUGUUCAAGAAGAACCAGAAAUUGAAGAAACCUCUUCUGGUGAAACUACAGCCGACACUAUUUCUAGGAUAACUGAAGAAAAUGAAAAUCAAACUGAAGAUAUGACGGCCGCUAAGCAAACGGAGACAGAUGUUCCUGAAAGGGAGGACACUGGAUCAGACAGUAGUGCUGCGUCGCCUGUUAAGAAAGCUAAAAUUAUCAAAGACAAGAAAAAGAACAUCCUAUCAAAGAAAGAUAUGGAUUCCCGUAAACAAAAGCAACCGAGAAAUAAGAAUAACGAAGAAGAUAAAGAGCCGGGAGUCAAACGUAGUUCACGAUCAACUACAGUCGCUCUAAGAGCUCAAUCUUUAAAUCGCAGUAACCACGUGGUUAUUAAUGAGACUGUUGAAGAAGAACCAGAAAUUGAAGAAACCUCUUCUGGUGAAACCACAGCCGACACUACUUCUAGCAUAACUGAAGAAAAUGAAAAUCAAACUGAAGAUAUGACGGCCGCUAAGCAAACGGAGACAGAAGUUCCUGAAAGGGAGGACAGUGGAUCAGACAGUAGUGCUGCGUCGCCUGUUAAGAAAGCUAAAAUUAGCAAAGAGCGCUCGUCCCGGAGUAUUAGCAGCAAAGACAGUUCUAUGUUUGAUUCUGACACCACAGAAUUGCACACCAUCAUCUACGAUGAACCAGUGCAACAAGAACUUCUAGAUGACUCAACUGAGUUUAUGGACAGCAGACUAUUGUCCAGAAAUAACGUCACUGUUCCUGAAACUCCGGAGGGAAGUGAAGAGUCCGACUCUGAUAUCGAAGUUGACGUACAUAAAAGAAAAAGGGAGGCGUAA